UCUCACUUUCCACACCACCUUCGCUUCUCUCCCAUGGCGAACGCCGCAGGCGCUUCGGAAGAGGAGCUGCCUCGUGCUUCGUCGGCGGACGAGGAGGUGGUAGAAGAGGAGCAGAUCGGGACCGUAAAUGAGCGGCUUUUGGAUUACCGUUCGCUCAAUCUCCGGCGCCACGCACCCAACAACACCUCCCAAGUCGCAAUCGUCGGCUCCAACCUCUGUCCCAUCGAGAGCCUCGAUUACGAAUUGGUCGAGAACGACCUCUUCAACCAGGACUGGAGGAGCCGAAGCCGGUCGGCUAUACUGCGGUAUGUCUUCCUCAAGUGGACCUUCUGCCUCUUUAUCGGCUGCGUCGCUGGCGCGAUUGGGUUCUUCAACAACCUCGCUGUGGAGAACAUCGCCGGCCUCAAGUUUGUCGCCGUUUCCAACUUGAUGCUCGCCGAUAAGUAUUGGACUGCGUUCGCGGUGUUUGCUGGUUCCAAUUUGGCACUUUUGAUGUUUGCGACGGUGAUUACGGCUUUUGUUUCAACUGCAGCAGGCGGUUCGGGGAUACCAGAGGUGAAGGCUUACUUGAAUGGCGUGGAUGCUCCUGAUAUCUUCUCUCUGCGCACCCUUGCUGUAAAGAUUGUAGGUUUGAUCACUGCUGUGUCAUCCUCUCUCCAUGUGGGCAAGGCAGGCCCAAUGGUUCACAUUGGCGCAUGCAUCGGGGCUAUAGUUGGACAGGGUGGGUCGCGGAAGUAUGGCAUGAAUUGGAGAUGGCUUCGUUACUUCAAGAACGAUAGAGAUAGGCGUGACCUUGUUACUUGCGGUGCUGCCGCUGGCAUUGCUGCUGCUUUUCGCGCUCCGGUUGGUGGAGUUCUCUUUGCGCUCGAGUCAUUGUGUUCAUGGUGGAGAAGUGCACUACUCUGGAGAGCUUUCUUCACAACUGCUGUAGUUGCGGUCACACUCCGUGCCCUGGUUGAUGUUUGCGAAAGAGGAAAUUGCGGUUUAUUUGGAAAGGGUGGGCUUAUAAUGUAUGACGUAACUGCAGAUAAUAUUACCUAUCAUCUAGCUGACUUACCUCCAGUGAUCCUUCUCGGGGUAAUUGGGGGAAUAUUAGGAAGUCUAUACAACUUUCUCAUGCUCAAGGUCCUUCAUAUAUUCAGCCAAGUUAACGAGAAAGGAUGCACCUACAAAUUGCUUCUUGCUGCUACUGUGUCGAUAAUUACAUCUUGUUGUCUGUUUGGGUUACCGUGGCUGGCACCCUGUAGCCCUUGUGUGAAGGAUGACUGUCCCUCUAUAGGCCGCUCCGGCAGCUUUUCGAAUUUCCAGUGCCUUCCGAACCAGUACAACGAUCUGGCCAGCUUGUUUUUCAACACCAAUGACGACACGAUCAGAAAACUUUUCAGUAACGGAUCAAAUGAUGAUUUCCACAAGUCGUCGAUCAUGGUAUCCUUUAUCACCUCAUAUGUUCUAGGCAUCAUAAGUUAUGGUGUAGCUGCACCUUUCGGCCUUUUUGUGCCUGUUAUCUUGACCGGAGCGACCUAUGGGCGUGUUAUUGGAAUGCUAAUGGGCUCAAACACGAGUCUCGAUCAUGGUCUCUUUGCUGUCCUUGGCGCUGCCUCUUUUCUUGGAGGAACAAUGAGGAUGACUGUGUCUGUGUGCGUCAUUAUACUAGAGUUAACCAACAAUCUCUUGCUGCUUCCCUUGGUUAUGUUGGUUCUCCUGAUAUCGAAAUCUGUUGCUGACUCUUUCAAUCCGAACAUCUACGAUCUGAUUCUGAAAUUGAAGGGUCUUCCUUAUCUCGAAGACCAUGUGGAACCAUACAUGAGGCAGCUCACGGUAAGUGAUGUUGUCGCAGGUCCUCUACGAACCUUUAACAGUGUAGAAAAGGUCGGCUCCAUAGUUCAUAUACUCAAGACGACUGGCCAUCAUGCAUUCCCUGUGAUAGAUGAACCACCAUUUUCUUCUCCUCCCGUGCUGUAUGGUCUGAUCCUCCGCGGGCAUCUUCUGAGUUUGUUGAGGAAGAAGUAUUUUCAGCCGACAUGUUCACUCGCCGGUUCUAAUCAUGCUUCGAAGAAAUUUGUAGCUGAUGACUUCGCAAAGCGUGGAUCAGGAAAACAAGAUAGCAUUGACAAUAUAGAGCUGACUGCUGAAGAGAUGGAGAUGUUUAUAGAUUUGCAUCCAUUUAUAAACACUUCGCCUUACACAGUUGUUGAGACAAUGUCGCUCGCGAAAGCUCUCCUUCUUUUUCGAGAAGUCGGCUUGAGGCACCUAUUGAUUGUUCCCAAGUCAGCCAAUAGGGCGCCGGUGGUCGGUAUAUUGACGAGGCAUGAUUUCAUGCCCGAGCACAUCUUGGGUCUGCAUCCAUACCUAACGAAGAGCAGAUGGAAGAGAUUGCGGUUUCGGACAUCGAUUUUUACAAAGUUUUUCAGAGCUCCUUCCAUAUAGUUUUGCUCAUAGCUUCUAUGAUCGAUGUGUGAAGGAUUUUGAUUUUUCUUCUACGGCAUGUAAUAACCGAGAACUAAAAGUGUGUUUUUCCAUUAUUCUUCAUGCGGAAGCUUGUAAGAUUUGUAUCAAGUUCACUUUUGUUACGAAAUUUGUAAGAGUGCUCAGUUAUUUUACAGAUA